AUGUAUCAAUUCGAUGAUAUGGCAAACGGAAAUUUCAUCAAGUUAGUCCCUUGGCUGCUAUGCUUUGGGGUUGCCUGGGUUGCUUGGAAGACCCUGCGAUUUGCUCUCUCCACCCAGCGCUCACCAUUCCUCCCUCCUGGACCUCCAGUAGUACCAUUCCUAGGAAAUUUGCACCAAGUCCCAUCCACCAAGGCGUUUUUAAAGUUUCAAGAAUGGGGGAUAAAAUACGGCCCGAUCGUUUCCGUUAAGAUGGGACCUACGGACAUGGUUAUUCUCAAUAAAGCAAAAGAUAUCAGAGAAUUAUUCGACAAACGGGGCGCCAUCUAUUCGAGCCGACCCCCAAAUCACAUUGGCACCGAAAUCAUCACACGCGAUAAUGUUCAUUUACUGCUCAUGCCUUAUGGUCAGGCGUGGCGGGAGCAGAGGAGAAUCUAUCAAGCAAUCCUCAGCAUUACUGCCGUGGGAUCCCUCCGACCGCUACAGGCAGCAGAAGCAGUCUUGACACUCCAUCAACUAGACCAAUCACCAGAGCGGUACUACGAUCAUAUCCGUCGGUACUCCACGGCGGUGAUACUCUCCUCUGUCUUUGGAGUCCGCGGACCGGAAUUUCAUCAUCGGAAUAUCAUGCGCCUCUACAAAGUUCAGGAUCAAUUCACAGCGAUUCUUGAUACAGCUGCAACACCACCAGUUGAUGUUUUUCCUAUCCUGAAGAGCCUGCCGAACUUUCUAACCCCUUGGCGUCGAUGGGCGUACCGAAUUCGAACAGAGCAGCGACGACUAUACUUUGAGCUUCUGGAAGACGUCAAAGACCGCCGGACGCGAGGCAUUAAACGGAACUGUUUUAUGGAUCAGUUACUUGAUGAAUCUUUCCGACAAAAGUAUUCUCUGGAUGAUGAGCAUAUUGCAUAUAUUGGCGGAGUACUCAUGGAAGGUGGAUCCGACACCACGUCGUCGACUCUGCUUUCCUUUCUUCUGGCUAUGGUGAAGUAUCCCCACGUGCUACAGAAAGCGCAGAAGCAUGUUGAUGCGCUUUGUGGGAAGCAAAGGUCUCCUAAUUUUGAGGAUCUAGCACAGCUACCGUACAUCAAAUGCUGCGUCUCCGAGCCGCAGGCGGUAUUCCGCAUACACUGGUUCAAGGUACAGUUAAUGCUCCUUCGAAUGCUUGAAACAAAGAAAACGAUGGGCGAGGCUAUUCACCAUGAUCCGGAAUGUUAUGAUGACCCCGAUAAGUUUAUACCCGAGAGAUUUGAGCAAAAUGAGCUCGGACUCAAACCAGGCCUAAACGAGACCGCUGGUAUUAGAAAGACAUACGCUUUUGGCGCAGGGAGACGGAUUUGCCCUGGAUCUCACCUCGCCGAGAACUCUCUGCGAAUUAACAUUGCUAAAGUUAUUUGGGCAUUCGAUAUUCGCGCUGGCAGAGAUACUCGAACUGGAUUACACCUAAACGCGGAAGAUAUUGACGACGAUAUUCGAACCAAGUGGACAGAUGGCUUUCUCACAGCACCAAAACCAUUUCCCGUCACCUUGUCUCUACGUUCAAAGGAUCAUGGUACUGUGAUCUACCGGGAACUUCAAGAAGCUCAGGAUAUCUUUGAGACUUAUGAGGAUUAA